UAUUCGCUUAUAAUUUUAGGGAAUCAAUACUUAUCGAUUGAAUUAGAUAAUAUGGAAAGAGACGUUCAAUUAGAAACUGUAGAUUUAACUGAUGUAGAUGACAAUAUCAUCCAAGUCCUUACUUUGACACUGGUGAACGAAGAACAACAAUUUUAUGUAACAGAAUCGUUUAAGCCUCCAUCUGGCAUGUUUAAAAUAGCGAUAAAUGGUUUAACGAAAACUAAAGAAAAAAUAAGAAGAGUAUCAACAAGUACCACGCAAUAUCAGAAUCCUAAGAUUGAACCGGUACCGCCUUGUACGCCGCCAACGGUCACAUUAACGCCAGAAUCACCAGUGUACGUAGAACCUGAUGGUUUGUUAACGUUGAAGUGCCUAGUUCACGGCUAUCCCGAACCAGAUGUAAAGUGGGCGGAUGAGUCUGGCAAAAUUUUGACACCACAGCCAAUGUAUACCGUACACCUACGAAGACUUUACACUAGCGUCCUUGAAAUAAAAAAACCAAGCAAGAAUAUGACCGUAAGCUGUACAGCGAUAAACGAAAAAGGUGACAAGGAUAGUAAAUCCAUUGACGUCAAAAUAAAAAAUAAAAUAUAUUUGAAUGUCCUCGAAUAUCCGAAAGACAAAAAUGUAGAAUACAAUGAAAAUGCUGAAUUUAAAUGCAAAGUAGAUUCCUGGCCAGCAGCAACAAUUACUUGGCUUAGAAAUAAGAAAAUAAUAAGCAGUGAUGAAAAUUUUAUAAUUUCGCCAGAUAACUCAACAUUAACGAUUAAAGAAGUGAAUACUCACCUCAAGGGAGAAUACUCCGUAAAUGUAUCCAACACUUACGAGACUAAGGUUUUUUCAUUUCAAGUUAAAAUACCAAACUUAAAAGCUCCUAAAAUAGACAAAGAAAAUUCAAUUUAUGCCAGGACUGUAGGAGACAAUGUGAAUAUGACUUGCAGAGUUAUACAAGGUAAGCCGAAGCCUAGUAUGACAUGGUCAUUUAAUAAGGAUGGAUCAGAUGUUUAUGAAGAUUUAAAAAACGCGCAAUAUUUUUAUUAUAUUAGUAAAAUCAAUCAAGAUCAUAGUGGGAUCUUUAGAUGUGAAGCUUCCAACGAAAUUGAUAAAGAUUUUCAUGAGAUGCAGCUGGUAGUUAAGCGGCCGCCAUCUGUAAAAGUGGGUGAUAAGAGUGUGCCUUUUAAGAAAGGCGAAACAGUAAGAUUGGACUGUAUUGUUGAUGGCUCACCAAAACCAUCAGUUCAUUGGCGGUUUAACGGUGUCCAAAUAGAAGUCUCUAGUCGAUACAAAAUAUAUAAAAACAAUAGUUUGAGCUUCAUAGGUCGUAUAUCAGAUAAUGGAAACUAUCAUUGUGUGGCUAUAAAUAGCGAGGGAGAAACGGAUGAAAAAAUAAGAGUUAUCAUUUAUCGUAAGGAUGAACAAUAUGUUUUUAAUAAAUCUAUAUAG